UAUAACAGUUUUUUCAUCCAACAAUAUGUUUACUUUUUCCCUUCCGCCAUGGAAUUUCACGUCAAGAUCAUCCGCCCUCUAAAAUCCCACAACCCCCAUUAUUCAUCAUAUCAUCAUAUCAUCAAUCAACUACCCCGAAAUGAUUGAUCGGAUAUGAAUUUUGUGUGACUUUCGCCGCCGGAAUAUGAGAGGGACCUCUUUACGUCGUCCGGUGAUGGUUCAACGGCUUCGACAAAUCGCCGUCACCAUUAAAAUCAAGCUUCUUCUGUGUUGUUGCAUUGUACUCGCCAUCGUGUUUUUCGCCUCCCGCGCCUCCGAUCUCAUGGGAUGGACAUGUGACGACUGCUCUACGGCGGUCCGAUACUCUACGCCGCGGAAACGUUAUGCAAUUGUAAUGAACACAUGGAAGCGUCAUGAUCUACUAAAGAAGUCAAUUGAUCACUACACAGCAUGUAUAGGAGUGGAGUCCAUACACAUUGUAUGGAGUGAACCUUCUCCUCCACCUGAUUCUCUGGUGAGUUAUUUGCAACGGACAGUGAAAGCGAAUUCACGAGACGGUCGAGAAACGGAGUUGAGAUUUGAAAUGAAUGAAGAAGAUAGCAGCUUGAACAAUAGGUUUAAGGAAAUAAAAGGAUUGAAGACAGAAGCCAUAUUUUCAGUAGAUGAUGAUGUUAUAUUUGCUUGUUCUACUUUGGAGUUUGCUUUUAGUGUUUGGCAAACUGCACCUCACACUAUGGUUGGCUUUGUUCCUCGUAUGCAUUGGAUUGAUCGCUCGAAAGGGAGAUAUAGAUAUGGAGGAUGGUGGUCAGUUUGGUGGAGUGGCACUUACAGUAUGGUGCUUUCAAAAGCUGCUUUUUUCCACUCUAAGUACUUGGAUUUUUACACUAACCAUAUGCCUUCUUCCAUCAGACAUUAUAUUACCAAUAACAGGAACUGUGAAGACAUUGCUAUGUCUUUUGUUGUUGCUAAUCUUAGUGGUUCUCCCCCGGUUUGGGUCCAAGGUAAGAUAUAUGAAGUAGGGUCAAGUGGAAUUAGUAGCUUAGGAGGACAUAGUGAAAGAAGAAGCCAAUGUUUGAAUAUAUUUGUUGAAGAAUAUGGUGGAAUUAUGCCUUUGUUACCUUCAACUCUCAAGGCUGUUGAUGCUCGUCGCCUUUGGUCUUGGUAGUUGGUAACACAUACACAUCCAUAUAUCUUUCUUUCAUUCAUUCAUCCCAAUUUUGUUUUUCAUUCCCUAUUCUUACUUUCAAUUGAAAAUUUUGUAGUGCUGUCUGAUUUUUUUCAUCUGAAAGAACUAUGUUUUCUUGGGUUAAGUAGUACUAGAUAAGAUAGAUUGGUUUAAUUGUCAUUUCUAAUGUGUUUAAUUGGAUGUCAUUUUUGCCUAUCAAGUUUCUGAAUCUGUAAA